GUCGAUGGCGUUAUAUAUAUAUAUAUCUCGGGCCAACAUAAGUCUGGAAACGAAAAGUUAAAAGCGUUUAAGUACUGAUGAGCAAAAAUAUUCUCCGACAGACUAUAAGUGAGAGCGACCGCGAGGACAUUCAUUAUCUGCGCUAGAGAACUCUGGAGUACACAAGAUCGUCAUUUUACGUGAACCUGUUAAGAACCUUUGGUCCUUCAAACAAGAUUGACUCCCUCCAAUAUCGUUUGUGGUGGCAUCUCAGGUGUUAAUGAGGCAAUAUAGCAGAAUUUCCUGAUCUCUGGUUUUCAUCAUAUUCUCUGGACUAACAGCCAAACCAUUGUGGUUACACAGCUGAGCCUGUACGUGGGUGGCUCGAGAUUAGUGUUCAAAACAAGAAGAUCUUGAUUGUCGUGUCUUAUUCCGAUUCACGAGGCUGUAGGAGUUCAACCCCACGAGAAAUUGGUGGGAAGGAAAGGAUAACUCGCUUAUAGGAGGGUGAUUGUUGUUCCACGCACCGUGCCUUCGCUAAAAUAUUGUUUUGAUUGGGUAACCACUUGCAUACCCUGAGGGCUCGACCUGCAGUGCUAACUCUCAACUCUGCCGGUCAUCCUAUACACCCAAAUUAACCUCGUUAGUUGGUGCUGUACUAUCAACCUCUUCUCUGCGGAAAGCAACGACACGAGUACUUCGCUGGCAAACAUCGACGCCGAGUAACUAUGGAUUUAGCACCAACGAGCACAUGGUUAUUGCUAAUUCAAUUCGCCACAUUUAUCCCUACCUAUAUUAUUGCACAUGGAAACCAAAUACACACCAGUAAUCACGCGCAAAUCAGUGCAAGAAUAUCGAACGUGUUUCGGAUCAUCGAUAUCACCUCACCGCAGCGAGUCACAACAAACAGAAGUCGACAAAUGUCAAACCAUUUCCUAACCUUCGCUCAAAGAAACCACGAGGGAGAAAUUCGCUACAAUUUAACAGCAUUCGGGCAAAAGUUCCAUUUCGUUCUCAACCCAGAAAGACGGUUUAUAGCUCCUUCGUUUUACAUCGAAAAUUACUCCAGCAACCAAGCGAAAUCAAUUCCGUCUGGUGCUGACCUAUCGCACUGCUUUUAUCGGGGGAGGGUACACGACGAUGCCGCGUCAUCAGCUGUUUUUGAUCUGUGCAACGGCAUGAGAGGCGCGUUCAAAACUCGUGAUGGGGUAUAUCUCAUUCAACCGCUGAUUCAAAACAAUCCGGGACUAGAUGAAUCUGGCUCAAGCAGCCGACGUCACGUGGUUACAAACCACUCAGCAUCGUUAACGCAACCAAGUGGACAUUUACUUUGUGGCCUUGACGAUGAGUUACUGGCAAACAGGAACAAAGAUAACAUCGAGGCUUCAAACCCAGAAAACGUCGUUCGUCACAGAUCAAGAAGAGAGGUUAUAUUUCUAGGAGCGCAAUCUUACCCAAGAUAUGUUGAGGUUAUGGUCACCGUAGAUAAAUCUAUGCUCGACCAUUACGGCAGUGAGUUUGAGCUCAAGAGAUAUAUACAGACAAUCAUGGGUGUGGUUCAUGAUAUCUUUCUCGAUCCAAAGAUUGGCAAUUCCAUAGAAAUUGUUUUAACUGGAAUAAAGAUACUGAAGAACGAAGAGGAUCUGAAGAUAACAAGCGAUGCAAGAAAAUCACUGCGGGAAUUUUGUGUUUGGCAACAUAAACAAAAUGUUAAGUCAGAUGCUGAUGCUGGUCAUUAUGAUACUGCUAUUCUUAUUACGAGGAAAAAUAUUUGUCGAACCAAGGGAAACUGUGAAACAUUAGGUCUAGCCGAACUCGGAACGAUGUGCGACAGUGCUCGUAGCUGUUCGAUCGUGGAGGACAAUGGCCUUGGAGUUUCUUUUACCGUCGCUCAUGAACUAGGACAUGUGUUUAACGUAGGUCAUGAUGCAGUCGCCAAGAAGUGUGUAGGUGGAAAGAACGGCCUUCAUGUUAUGGCGCCAUCCGUCAACCUCCAAGCAAUACCAUGGAGUUGGUCUGCGUGUAGUCGACAAGAAAUCACGGAAUUCUUAGAACGUGGUCAUGAUAGAUGUUUGAUGGACAGGCCCCAAUAUCAGUUUAGAAAAUCAGAGCAAUUACCAGGCGAGGUGUACAGUCCCACCAUGCAGUGCAAACUCACGUAUGGGAAGAAUUCUUCAUUGUGUCGCUUCAAGACAAAAUCUUGCAGGCGACUCUGGUGUGCUGUGAAAUUCCCAAAUGGCCGUGAAGGAUGCCGGACCCACGGUAUGCCCUGGGCUGAAGGCAGUUCUUGUGGGACAGGAAAGUGGUGUGUCCGUGGGGCGUGUGUGCGUAAACAAAUCAAUGAAAAAAUAAACGGGGCGUGGUCGCCGUGGUCUUCAUUCGGCCCUUGUUCCCGAACAUGUGGUGGAGGUGUCACUUUCUCGUCUAGAGCGUGUAAUAAUCCGAGCCCUUUGCAUGGAGGCAGGUUUUGUCUGGGAGCAAAAAAGAGAUUCAAAUCUUGCCAAGCUCAGGAAUGUCCCAAGGGAAGUGCGAGCUUCAGAGCCGUGCAAUGUGCAAAAUACAACAACAGAAAAGGUCCUAGAGGAAGCAAAUGGGUGCCAAGAUUUCUGAAGGGCAGACAUCGAUGUCAGCUUCUUUGUGAGCGUGUUGGAGGUGGAGGAUUUAUAACGGCUAAAGUGAUUGAUGGUACAAAAUGCUCAAAAAACUCCUUCGACAUCUGCGUGAAUGGAAUCUGCAGGCUUGCAGGAUGUGAUAAUGUUCUCAACUCAAGAGCCAAACUUGACAUCUGUGGUGUAUGCAAUGGACGCAAUGAUACCUGUAAACGCACGAGUAAAUCGUGGCACCAAGAAGUCCAUUGGGGGUACAACGAUGUCACAACCUUCCUUCCUGGUUUCUCGUCGAUCAAAAUUGUGCAAACGACACCGCAAUCUGAAGUAGAAAGGGAAGUGGAAGCUAUACGUAGUAGACGACACCGACUUGGCGACGAUAAUUAUUUAGUUCUUCUCAAUGAAAACUAUGGCAACAUCCUGAAUGGUGGUUACUCCAUUAGAGGCGAUUCUUCAGAUUCAUUUCAUGCAAGUGGUCUUAGGAUUACUUAUUCCGGAUCAAGAAGUUAUCCAGAGUAUAUCAAGAUUCAAGGAAAACUGACAAAAAAGAUUCAUUUGCAGGUUCUGUCGGUGGAAAAAGUGGAGGCUCCCAAGAUAACGUACACGUAUCUGAGUCCGGUAGAAAAGCCUGACACGUUUAUUUGGGACAACAAAGGACUUUGGUCAAGAUGUAGCCAAAAUUGUCAAGGAUUUCGAACAAGAAAAAUUGUUUGCAAACGCGAACGGGAUGGUUUGGUGGUACCCAAUGAAAAAUGUAAUCAAACUAACAAUCUUACAACGAUUAGAGAAAAUUGUAAUACGGAAUGUCUCUUCAAGUGGAUGGUCUCAAGCAAAGGUACAUGUCAACCCGGUUGUGGGCCUGGGACACAGAGAGUAUACUUUAGGUGUGUGAAGCACCACAUAACUUCAGGAGCGAACCUAGUCCGACCCAAUAAUGAUUGUCGUCUAAUUAUCAAACCUCCAUCUGAACAGCCAUGUGAAGGCACAUGUGACAAUGUUCUUUGGGUGUACUCUCGAUGGACAGAGUGUUCCCGGUCAUGUAAUGGUGGAGUCCAGAAACGCCGUAUCACUUGCGUUGAAAAGAACCCGGAUGUGCGAAAAGAACUACCCGAAUCCAUGUGUUCAAAAAUUGAGAAACGAUCAGCUAUACGAGCCUGCAAUACACUCCGCUGCCCAACAUGGAGAACUGGAAGAUGGAGCAGGUGUUCAACGGCAUGUGGUGAAGGAUAUCAAAGAAGAAAAGUUGUUUGUCAUUGGAAAGGAAAUAGGGCGGUGGAAGACGAGGCCUGUGAUAUGACAAAGAGACCGAGGGAAAGACAGAAUUGUCGAUUAAAGGCGUGCCCACAUUGGGAGUAUGAAGAAUGGUCAGAUUGUUCAACCACGUGCGGACAAGGUAACCAAAUACGUCUGGUACGUUGUACAAAUGGAGAUGGUGAAAUAUUGAGGGAGGAAGAUUGUGUUUCCGAAGAUAAGCCGAUAUCACGCCGAGAGUGUCAGGAUUUACCUGUCUGUGAUAAGACCGUGUUCUUGAUCACCAGGAUCGCUGACCAGGGACCUGUCAAGUGGGUCACUAAACGCUGGGAAGAGUGUUCGGUUACAUGUGGUGAAGGCCGUCAGGAGCGGAAUGUCAGCUGUGUGAAUUCUAGAGAAGUGGUGAUUGAUGAUGAAUUUUGCAAAAAUAUUACAAAGCCCCGAAGAGUGAGACCAUGUAUUAUACAUUGUGGUAAAUGGAGGUACACAAGUUGGUCUUCGUGCUCUUCUAGAUGCGGUGAUGGUACUCAAGAGAGAAACAUCAGCUGUGUUGACGUCAAUGAAAAUAUCAUGAAUGAUAAUAUCUGUGACUCCAAACAAAAACCACCCGCUACACGAAAUUGCGUCAAAUAUUGCGGUAUUUGGAGAUAUUCAGUUUGGACUCCUUGUUCAUCAAACUGCGGUAGAGGUACUCAACGAAGACAAGUUAAAUGUUUUGAUAGAAGAUAUCGUUUGGCAAACGAGGAGACAUGCGAUCCAUUAUUAAGGCCUGUCAAUAUCAGACAGUGUUCGAACUAUCUCUGCACUCCAGCCAGAAAACUAGAGCCAAAAGUCAGCGGACAAUGGAAAAAUGGAUCCUGGAGCGAAUGUUCAAGAAGCUGUGGACGUGGUCACAAACGUCGUAAGGUUUUUUGUUUUGACGAUGAAUCAGGAAAGGAACUUUCCGAUGCCAAUUGUGGCAAGAAACCCAAGCCAAAAUCAGUUGCACAGUGCAACGUAGGAAGAUGUCCGUUCUGGCGAGUAGAAAACUGGAGUGAGUGUUCAAGGACGUGCGGCACAGGUUACAAACGCCGGAGCGUGAGCUGUAUAUCUGAUAUUUCAACAAGUACUUGUGACAGAAAAAUACGACCACCAACUGUAUCCAAAUGCAACUUGAGGGAAUGUGCCGUGUGGAAGACUACCCAAUGGACCAAGUGCUCUAGGACAUGUGGUCUUGGGGCGGUGUCUCGCACGGUCUCUUGUUCAAACAGCACGGAUCAACUCCCUGAUGAAAAUUGUGACCGGAAAUUGAGACCAUCGAUUAUGAAGUCUUGUUACCUCAAAAAUUGUCCACCUAAUGUACGCUGGGUCAAAGGAAAGUGGAAUCCAUGUUCUGUUCAAUGUGGCGAAGGUGUGAAACAAAGAAAUGUUUGGUGUGAAGACCUAUAUCGCCAACGUGUCGCUCCAUCAAGAUGUAGACAUUUGAGGCGUCGACCUCGCACAGUAAAAACCUGUAGGAGAAAUACGUGCGGUAUUUGGGAGACAGGGCUAUGGGGAAAGUGCUCUAAAAAAUGUGGACAAGGUAAAAGUGAGAGAAGUGUAAGAUGUCGAAGAAGUAGCUCGUUUGUCAGCGAUCAGUUCUGCUCAAACCGAGUGAAGCCGGCACAAGAAAAGUCUUGCAACCUUACGGAAUGCGAACCUCAGACUGAUGGUUAUAAAUGGUUCAUAACAUCUGUCAGUCCGUGUUCCACAACAUGCGGAUCUGGUGUGCAAUCUCGUAUGGUCAUCUGUGUUGAUGCAAACGAGAGACAAGCGCCAAGCAAGAACUGCAAUCCUGAAGUAAAGCCUCCCAAGCUCGUCACAUGUGAAAAUAGGGAAUGUUUGCCCCAGUGGACUACUGGUUAUUGGUCUGAGUGUUCGAAGUCGUGUGGUGAAGGCGUUCAAAGAAGAACAGUGACAUGCCCUGUAAACGAUAAGAAUACCAGUGUUUUGUGUGACAACGAUAGAAAACCAUCGCUUGAAAGACGUUGUAAUCGGGGUUCUUGUGAUAGUUUUUAUACGUGGAAAAUUGGGCCUUGGUCAAAGUGUUCAGCAACAUGCGGCGAAGGAACAAUGAGACGAGCAGUGCAAUGUCUUGGUCGUAAUAAUCAGUACAGCAAAGAGAAAAGAUGCGAACAGGAAGGUGUUAUUAAACCUGAUGUUAUCAGAGAAUGCUUACUGCCAAGAUGUGAACCACAAUCAUGCAAGGACAUUCAAACGCAGCUGGGGAAGCAAAAAGAUGCUGAAUUUAAUAUCACGAUAAGCAACAAGAAAGUUCAGGUGUAUUGCUACGGAAUGUUAACAAAUCAUCCAAAGGAAUAUAUUACAUUACGGUCAGGAGCACAGCAUAAUUUUGCUGAAUAUUAUCAUAGAAGUUUAAAAAAUCCACGAAAAUGUCCCUAUAACGGAGCAAGGAAUGAUGAUUGUCCACUUUGUCAUCGCGAAUUAUUUCCAAGCUCAGGUGGAACCUAUUUCUCCAAAGUCAGAUUUGAUGUUUCACGGAUGUCCAUCAUUGGAGGUGAUUUCACGUUUGCAAUUAUUCGUGGAAAUCAUUCACCAAGUUAUGGUACGGCUGGUGAUUGUUACAGUAAAUCUCAGUGUCCACAGGGUCGCUUCAGUAUUGAUUUAACAAACACAGGAAUAUCACUUGCACCGGAAGUAACGUGGAAAUCCUACGGUUAUUAUCUAUCAAGAGUAAUAACGAUUAAAGAGGGAAGGCAAGUAAUCACUGGUAUGUGUGGUGGUUACUGUGGGGUAUGUAGACCUUACAGAACGCUGCGAGUCACUUUAUAACGAUUCCGCGUACAGAGUAUUAGAUAAAUAUUAAGUGUAUACAUCUAGUUUCCUAUAGAAAAUUUGUAAAUAUUGUAACAUAUUUAUAUUAUGCUUUUGUGCAUCAAAAUAUUCAAGUUUGUUUAUAGUUACCAGACAUUUACAUUAAUUUAGAUAUCCAUAAAAUCUAGGAAUUCCCGAAUUUGCACUGAUAAGCAAUGUAUUUUAUUUAAUAUACAGCAAGUUUUUAACAACAUUUGGACAUGAAUAUUAUAGGCAAGCAGUAACAUGAACUUAUAUAUCUCGCAGCCUCACUCAAAAUAAACAACACAGCCACAGGGUGUUUAGCCAACGAAAAUCGAGGUACACAAUUUGAUAUAGGUAUAACUGCUUGCUAUAAAUUAGAUAUAGCUACAAGGGAAGUAGAUCUCUUAAUACACAUAAUUCAAAUUUUAGCAUUUUAUCUUUGGCGAUAAAGAUUAAAGUGAAACAUUUUGUUCAAUUAACUGAACACAGAAUAAUAAAUUGUUGUUAAAUAUUGCGUAAUUUUUACAACGACUUCUCUAACUAUUUACUAAACUAAGUUUUGAAAUACUUAAAUAAUUUUAGAAUUAUCUAGUUUUGAUAGGAUUAAACUUGUGCCGAACACGUUGGAAAUUUACUUUUCAAGCCCGGUUUCCGUAUAUACUGAUUGUAGUCAACUAAAUAAUAAUUGAAGACGUAAAAUUAUUCAAAAACGUACGUAUAGAAUUUUAGUGUUUACACAUUAUUAAUCACCGACAAUGGAACUCGAUCCCAGGAGAUUGUCAGGGCUGUUC